CUCCUGGAUAGAAACUGUUCGUCGGCGCAGAGAUGGCUGCGGGCGUCCCCUGUGCGCUAGUCACCAGCUGCUCAUCCACCUUUUCCGCAGACCGGCUAGUCCAGCAUAUCCUUGGAACAGAAGAUCUUAUUGUGGAAGUGACUGCCAACGAUGCCGUGAGGUUUUAUCCCUGGACCAUUGAUAAUAAAUACUAUUCAGCAGAUAUCAAUCUAUGUGUGGUGCCAAACAAAUUUCUCGUCACCGCAGAGAUUGCAGAGUCUGUUCAAGCAUUUGUGGUUUACUUUGACAGUACACAAAAAUCUGGUCUCGAUAGUGUUUCCUCCUGGCUUCCACUUGCAGAAGCAUGGUUACCUGAGGUGAUGAUCUUGGUUUGCGAUAGAGUGUCUGAAAAUGGUGUAAACCGACAGAAGGCUCAAGAGUGGUGUAUCAAACAUGGCUUUGAAUUAGUAGAACUUAGUCCAGAAGAGUUGCCUGAGGAGGAUGAUGACUUCCCAGAAUCUACAGGAGUAAAGCGAAUUGUUCAAGCCUUGAAUGCCAAUGUCUGGUCCAAUGUAGUGAUGAAGAAUGAUAGGAACCAAGGCUUUAACCUUCUCAGCUCAUUGGCUGGAGCAAACCAUAGCACUGGAUCAGCAGAGGCCUGCCACUCAGAGCAGCCCCAGUUGCCAGCAGCAGAGAGGACUGAACCCCUCUUGGAUAAUCGAGGUGGUGCAUCUAAUACAACAGACACUCAGGUCGAUAGCAUCGUGGAUCCCACGUUAGACCUGGAUAUUCAAGAACUAGCCAGUCUUACUACAGGCGGAGGAGAUUUGGAGAAUUUUGAAAGACUAUUUUCAAAGUUAAAAGAAAUGAAAGACAAGGCUGCGACGCUUCCUCACGAGCAAAGAAAGUUGCAUGCAGAAAAGGUGGCCAAAGCUUUCUGGAUGGCAAUUGGGGGAGACAGAGAUGAAAUUGAAGGCCUUUCAUCUGAUGAAGAACACUAAAUUAUUCAUGCUAGGGCUUGACUAACAAAGACCCUAGCUCUCUCUACCUGAGAUACUUCCCUACUCAACCCAGUCAUCUUUUGCUGAACUCCCCAUCAUCAUUUUGGCCGCCUGACUUGUUUAUAGGCUUGUUUAUAUCUUGCUUGAUUUUUUUUUUUUUUUUCUUUUUGCGGUAUGCGGGCCUCUCACUGCUGUGGCCUCUCCCGUUGCGGAGCACAGGCUCCGGAUGCGCAGGCCCAGCGGCCACGGCUCACGGGCCCAGCCGCUCCGCGGCAUAUGGGAUCCUCCCAGACCGGGGCACGAACCCGUAUCCCCUGCAUCGGCAGGCGGACUCUCAACCACUGCGCCACCAGGAAGGCCCUAUAUUUUUUUUCUUUUUCUUUCUUUUCUUUUCUUUUUUCUUUUCACUAUUCUGAAGGUCUUUGAGACUAUAGUUUACCAUCAUUCCAUCAGUGUUUCUUUGAGGUGACUGCAUCAGCCAUUGACUGGGAAUAUAAGGGAAGCUGGCUCUGGGGUUGCAAGAUGAAAGGUGGAACAUAUUUUUCUUAAAACAUGAAAGGUUUCAGAAAAUACAUUAGGUCACGUGGUUAGGGAAAACAGACUAGAAAAAGCUGUGAACUUGAUUUUGUGGAUUAAACAAAGCCAGGUGAUUAAAAUGUGAUUUAUUUAUAAA